CUGAUUCUCUCCUCCUAGAGACAUACGUACAAGUCAAACUCGCCUACAUUUCCAAUACCACAAGUUCUCCCUUUUUCUCAAUUGAUACCCUUGCGAACCUCGCCAAGAUGUCUCUGGCCAGCAAGCUUUCCAUCACUGAUGUUGACCUCAAGGGCAAGCGAGUCCUUAUCCGGGUCGACUUCAAUGUGCCCCUCGAUGCGGACAAGAAGGUGACCAACAACCAGCGUAUCGCGGGUGCUAUCCCGACCAUCAAGUAUGCAGUCGACAACGGCGCCAAGGCCGUGAUCCUCAUGUCCCAUCUCGGCCGGCCCAAUGGCAGCGUGAACGCCAAGUACAGCCUGAAGCCCGUCGUGCCCGAGCUGGAGAAGCUGCUGGGCAAGUCUGUCACCUUCGCCCCCGACUGCGUCGGCUCGGAGGUCGAGGAGAUUGUCAACAAGACACAGGGCGGCGGCGUGGUCCUGCUGGAGAACCUACGCUUCCACAUCGAGGAGGAGGGCUCUGCCAAGGACAAGGAGGGCAACAAGACCAAGGCGGACAAGGAGAAGGUCGCAGAGUUCAGGAAGGGCCUGACUGCUCUGGGUGAUGUCUACAUCAACGACGCCUUCGGCACCGCCCACCGUGCUCACUCCUCCAUGGUUGGUGUGGAUCUCCCACAAAAGGCAGCCGGUUUCCUCAUGAAGAAGGAGCUCGACUACUUCGCAAAGGCCCUGGAGUCGCCCCAGCGGCCCUUCCUCGCCAUCCUCGGCGGCGCCAAGGUUUCGGACAAGAUCCAGCUGAUCGACAACCUGCUGGACAAGGUGAACACGCUGGUGGUGUGCGGCGGUAUGGCCUUCACUUUCAAGAAGACCCUGUACAACGUCCCCAUCGGCACCUCUCUCUUCGACGAGGCCGGCGCCAAGACGGUGCCCCAGCUGAUCGAGAAGGCCAAGAAGAACGGCGUCAAGGUCGUUCUGCCCGUCGACUACAUCACCGCCGACAAGUUCGACGCCAACGCCGCCACCGGCAAGGCCACGGAUGCCGACGGUAUCCCCGACGGCUGGAUGGGUCUGGACUGCGGCGAGGAGUCCAUCAAGCUGUACAAGGAGGCCAUCGAUGAGGCCAAGACCAUUCUGUGGAACGGCCCGGCGGGCGUGUUCGAGUUCGAAAAGUUUGCCAACGGCACCAAGGCUACUCUCGAUGCCGCUGUGGCUGCGGCGCAGAGCGGCAAGAUUGUCAUUAUCGGCGGUGGUGAUACCGCCACCGUUGCUGCCAAGUAUGGUGUUGAGGACAAGCUGUCUCACGUCUCCACUGGUGGUGGUGCCAGCCUGGAGCUUCUCGAGGGUAAGGAGCUCCCUGGCGUGACGGCGCUGUCGAGCAAGUAAGUCUGGGUAUUUUCAAGACGAGCGGCUAGGGAAGUCCUGCGGGAUGGGAUUGCUGAUGAUACUCGUUCGAGUGGAAAGGUUGGGAAAAGCCAUUGCUAGUCUUUAGCUUGCACGUCAUAGAGAAAGUACGAGAAUGCAAAAUAAAAAAAAGAUACUUC